AUGUCUCGUCCAUCUCGCAGGCAGGUGUACCAACCAGCUCCCCAGUACGCUGCUGUCCCCCAAAGUCCGCCUCGUGGUAAUUCGUACGCAUACCGGCAACAGCAACCGCAACCUUACGUAGGCGGCCCGCGCCCCGUUCGAUCGUCUUCAGCGAACAGCAAUAAUCGAAAUAGUCGGCAGCAAGUGCAGCAUUCGCGCAAUGCUGUUGUGUCAGGAGUCGCGACAGGGAAUAUUGGAGCAGGAUAUGGACCGUAUUCCUAUCGCCCUGAGGAAGCACACCGAACUGGCGUCUACAACGGGUCACGAUUUCGAGCGAAUCCUUCAGUAACGGACCACCCAACACGAGGAAAGGCGCCGACUCCCGCGCCGCCAACGACAACAACCGUCCCGCAAUAUAUGUGGGAUAAAGACCAAGACCCCGAUGACGCUCUCCACAAUCCUGAUCCCCGUGGUGACUACUACAGUUUUUCGCUAAUAUCUGCAAGAGGAUGGAUCAACGUCGGAGCGGUCCUUGUGUUGAUCACAGGACUUCUCGCUCUUUUUCUGGGAUACCCACUCCUUUGGCAUUAUACUCAUCUUCCCUCGCCCAUCGUUGGGUUUAACGCUGGUGGGAUUAAUGGAACUGGACAGAUACCCAUCUUUGAGAACUUUCCUCUAUUGGUUGACAACGAUACACCAGAUUCUGCUCUGACGCGAAUAGGCUGGGAUGGAAAGCCUUAUGAUCUGGUCUUCAGCGACGAGUUCAACACAGACGGGCGAACAUUCUACCCAGGAGAUGAUCCUUAUUGGGAAGCACUAGAUUUCCACUAUUGGCCUACUGGUGAUAUAGAAUGGUAUGAUCCAUCAGCCAUAACCACACAAGGAGGGAAGCUGGUCAUAACCAUGUCCGAGAAAAGCUCUCAUGGCUUGAACUUCGAGAGUGGAAUGCUUGCUUCCUGGAAUAAGAUGUGUUUUACUACAGGGUAUAUUGAGGUCUCCAUCAGCAUGCCUGGUAGCCCAUCGGCUCCUGGACUAUGGCCCGGUGCAUGGACGUUGGGAAAUCUGGGACGAGCAGGUUACGGAGCAACGACUCAAGGGACGUGGCCGUACAGCUACGACGCUUGCGAUCUCGGAACGUUUCCCAACCAGACGACGACGGACGACCAACCCGCUGCAGCACUCACGGGUGGAGAAGGCGGCUCUCCGUUAAGCUUUCUACCCGGCCAAAAGCUGUCUGCCUGUACUUGUCCUGGGAGCGAUCACCCUGGACCAGCAGUAAAUGUGGGCAGAGGCGUACCCGAAAUCGACAUCAUCGAGACGACGAUCGACACGGACAGGAUGCAAGGCGAGGUCUCUCAAAGUUUCCAAGUAGCUCCUUUCGAUAUAGGCUACAACUGGAUCGAUACGCCGCCAGCGUCGACGGUUUACAAUCCGAACAUCACUCGUGUAAACUCGUACAAAGGUAAUCAGCUCCAAGAAACUGCGUCCCAUCUCACCUACAUCGACAAUCGCUUCUAUGCUGGCAACGAGUAUGCUACUUAUGGCUUCGAAUAUUGGUCGGACCGAAACAAUCGGGAGGAUGGCUAUAUAACAUGGUUCUAUGACGGACAACCAACUUGGACUGCUACUGCUGCCUCAGUUGGGUCGAAUACGGAAGCCCGGAUCAGUCGACGACUUAUUUCUGAGGAACCGAUGUAUGUUAUCCUCAAUCUCGGGAUGUCGCCUUCGUUUCAGCAGCCGGAUUUCCAACAUUUAAGGUUCCCCGUCUCAAUGUACAUUGACUACGUCCGGAUAUACCAGCGGCGAGGAAUCGAGGAUGGCCUUACUUGCAACCCACCUAGCAUGCCAACAUCGGAUUACAUUGCAAGCCAUCUUGACGCGUAUAUGAAUCCUGAUCUAACGGAAUGGAAACAUGCGAAUUAUACCUUUCCACGGAAUUCCCUUUACGAUGGCUGUUGA